UGGCCAUGAGAGCACUAGGUUUUGAACCUAAAAAAGAAGAGAUCAAGAAAAUGAUAUCAGAUAUCGAUAAGGAAGGAACAGGAAAAAUCAGCUUCAAUGACUUCUUGGUAGUGAUGACACAGAAAAUGGCUGAAAAAGAUUCCAAAGAGGAGAUUCUCAAAGCUUUCAAACUCUUUGAUGACGAUGAAACUGGCAAAAUCUCUUUCAAAAACCUCAAACGUGUCGCCAAAGAACUGGGGGAAAACCUCACAGAUGAAGAGCUGCAGGAAAUGAUCGAUGAAGCAGACAGAGAUGGGGAUGGGGAAGUGAAUGAGCAAGAAUUCUUGCGGAUCAUGAAGAAGACCAGCCUGUACUGAAACAGAAUUUUAUUUAUUUUUGCACAUCUGUAUAUACGUUUGCACCAUCUCUCCAUUUGACAGGAAAGUGGUACCGGGAAUUGCAGAGCCCUGACCUCUGUAGGGGCACGUGGCAGCAAG